AUGUUUUUUCAUCAUGACGGAGCACCAGCUCAUAAUGCAAUUACUGUUAGAAGAUAUUUAAAUCAAAUAUUUCCGAACCGCUGGAUUGGUACCUAUGGUGUCGGUCCUUGGACUGCACGAUCUCCUGAUUUAACGCCACUGGAUUUUUUUUUAUGGGGAUAUUUGAAGACUGUGGUUUAUGCAGAUCCACCUGUCAAUCUUCAUGAUUUAAAAAAUAAAAUACAGGCGGAAUGUAAUAUUUUAAGUGAGAACCAAAUCAAUGCGGCAACUUCAACUGAAUUUUUGAGGCGACUUGAAUCAUGUUUAGAGCAUAAUGGCAGAAACUUUGAACAAUUUAUAAGAUAG